UAACUUCCCCGGACUUCCACUCGGUCUAUAACUUCCAAACUUUCUUCCAUCAGUUUCAUUUUUUUUCUGGGAGUUCAAUCCAACCAUAGAAUUGCGCUCCAAUGUCUUCCUCUGAUCUCUACGUUCUUGAUGACUCCUUCUUCCGUCAUUCUUCAAGCUCAGAAAUGGCGUCUUAUGAACCAGACCAGUUCUUCUCCGAGCCAUUCUCUCCCUUCUCAGACAUUGACAUCCUCCAAGCAAUCUCAGAUCACCAAAGCAACCAAAACCCAGUUGAAAACCAGUCUCAUCAUAAUAAUUCACUCGACCAAAGCUCUCCAACAAUCCUCUCUUCUUCUCCCCCAAGUUACCAAUUGGAAAGCUUGAGCCUUUGCCAAGCAACCCAUCUGAACCCUCUGGAUCAAAACUGCGCAAAUUUGGCAAAUGGGUUGCCAAAUUUCCCUGCUUUCGAUGCUCUGGAAGUCAAAACUGAGCAAUGCCAUUUAGCUUUUGACCAAAACGCUUAUAAUAAUAACCAAGUUUUUGGUCCUCAUAGCUACAGUGGUGCAGAGAAUGUGGCAAAGUUUAUGCAGAGGAGUUUUAGCAGCAACUCCUUCGAUGGCAAGCCUGGUGUUGUCUUCCAACCUUGCUUUGAUUCUCUCAUGGAAUCUUCAACUUUACAAAACCAAGCCUUGAGCUCUCCUGAAAACAGCUUUUUAGCUGGCCAAAUGAGAAGAGUUUCCAGCACAGGAGAUUUGCAAAAUUUUAGAACAGCCCGCAAUCCGAGAGAGAGCUCGGUGAUGGAGGAAGCUGCUGCAAACUUCAAAAUGGGGAGGUACAGCGCAGAAGAGAGGAAAGAGAGAAUUUCAAAGUACAGAGCCAAGAGGUCGCAGAGAAACUUCAACAAGACCAUUAAGUAUGCAUGUCGAAAAACACUAGCGGAUAACCGACCCCGCAUACGUGGCAGAUUUGCACGCAACGACGAAACUGGUGAGGUUCUCAAGGCUGCAUGUUCAAGUAACAGAGAAGAAGACGAAGAUGAACUCUGGGUAGAAGGGUUCAAUGUGGAAGAAGAAGAGAAUGGAACAGUGAGAGGAGGAGGAGGAGGAGGAGAGUUUAUGAACAAUUUUGGAGCAACUCAGUUUCAGUACUAUGGCUUUUGAGCUUUGAUAGGUGAGCAAAACAACAAAGGCUUCUUUUUCUUUCAGGAGGAGCUUUCUUAGAAUAUUUAGGUUUGGACCACAACAUGACUAAAAAGCCUUUCUGGGUAAAGCAAAGAAGAAUCGAAGGUUUUUUUUUUUUUUUUCUUCUCCUUUUUGUUUAAUAAAAGAAGACACCUUUG